GGCAUGGUCAUGGCAUGAUCGUAGUCGCUGCAAACUUCAUAGUGCCAGAUGUCCUGUGAUAGUGCUUUGAACAUCGCUGCAUUUGACAUAAGCAAUCUAACCACUGCUUUUUUCGAUGUGUGCAACUUACUAAUAUUUCGGUGGCAGAGUGCACCAUAGUGGAAGUACAGUGUACUAGAAGCCUGCAGUGGAAGUUAUCUCGCAGCUGCAGUGAUACCGCGUGAGAAACGCCCCUUUCGCUAACCGUAUAUGCACAAACGUUCGACUUGGAACAUGGUUCUGGCGUUUUUUAUUGCGUCAGUAUCGGAGAAAACGUCGGGAAUUAUUUACUCGACAUUCUACGGUUGGAACGAGAGGCCACAAUUCGGCGACGCGCAGUGUGCGACUAUCAGUGGCGACGCCAACGAUUUAGGCUCGGCUCGAGGGCCCAGCGAAAUGAACGAGGAGCAAAAGACUAGAUCCGAUCUCCUGAAACGCCUACAUCAGAGCGCGGUAGAAGACAUGAAAAACACGCCGCCCGAAGUUUCGAGCUCAUCCAGCGACGUCACGAUGCACUUGACGGAACGCAAAGGACAGUUUUUCUUCAGCGACGUCGAUGUAGGUGACAGCAUUGUAGUGUGGCACUCGUUCGGCGAUUGCUGUUUUGUGGCUAUAUGCGACGAAACCGAAAACGUCGGUCUUGCUGAAUACUGCUUAAAGUUGAUCAUUCAAAGUGUGUCAGCGCACAUAAUAUUUUUGACACCAGCGGAACUAAAUGCUAAAAUUGGACUCUUGCGCGCCAUCGUGGAGCUUUACAUGCCGAGUGGAAGACUGUUGUUUAUGAAUCAGGGUAUCGUGAAGCAGUACGAACAAAUGUUACACAAACUAGUGUCUUGAAUAAAUGUUUCGCAAACAGCAGUACUUCCAUCCUGCAGUUCAA